AUGGCCUCGACAACACCUACCUCAGCACCGCCAUCGCGCGCUCGUUCAGCCUCUCGCACCCGCAACAACAUCCCCUCUCGACCAACCACUCCUUUGCGACCACACUCUCGCACCAGUCUCCGAGCCUCAAUCACAACUCCCACAAGCGCAACCCAAUUCUCCGACCAAGCCGUCCCUCUCGAAGCCCUGGAACCCGCAUUCGGUGAACUCGCAGAUGGUAUGGCCGAUCUGGAGGCCAACAUGAUGCACCUGCAACUGCUGCACGAGAGUCUGAACCGCUUCAACGAAUGCUUCGGCGCUUUCCUCUACGGCAUGAACAUGAGUGCUUUCUGCGUCGACUUUCCCGAAGCUCCUGGCAUUGAGAGCUUCAAGCGUGCUGCUGAGGCUGCCAAGAAUCAGGCUCAACAGGACAGCGCCAUGUCUGCUGACGUCCACCACCGUGAGAGAGAUGUGGACGCUACUUUUCUUCAGCUUGCUGAUCAGGACUUUGUAGUACCACCGACACCAGCUUCGUCGAGAAUCCUCCAACUCCCAAGACAACCCGCACGAACAGAUCCACCAUGGCUCCUCCCUCUACUACCUCGUCUAGGACCACUCGCGGUGCCAGCUCCAUAUCUAGAGGAAGGGGCAUACCGGCUGUCCGUGGCACAAGAGCUGGUGGCUCAGUAG